AUGGUGUAUUCAACGUGUUCGCUGAAUCCAGUCGAAGAUGAGGCUGUUAUCGCAUCAUUACUUCGCUCUGCUGAUGGUGCCUUGGAGCUUGUUGAUGUUUCUGAGCAACUGCCUGAACUUAAGCGAAAGCCAGGGCUGUCGAAUAAAUUCGAAGAUAUUGACAGCGAACAAAGACGGUCUUUUACGUCUUCGAUGUUCCCACCAAAUGAAGAAGAAAUGCAAAAGUUUCAUUUGGAACGCUGCUUUCGAGUUUUGCCGCAUAUGCAAGAUACUGGAGGAUUUUUCAUUGCCGUAUUAAAGAAAACAAAAGCAUUGAACGACAACCAGCUUAAACAAGCAUUUAGAAUGCCGCCAGUAAAACGACGUAAGACUUUCAAAGAAGAUCCAUUUGUGUUUCUCGAAAAAGAUGAUGCACGCUGGAAGGACAUCGCGAGUUACUAUGGAAUUUCGGAGGCUUUUCCUUAUGAGAAUCUUCUGGGUCGUACAAUCGAAAUAGAUAAGAAGAGAACAUUGUAUUUCGUCAACAGUGCUGUUAAGCGAUUUUUACUCGACAAUCAAGACAAGGUGAAAGUAAUCAAUGCAGGCAUUCGUAUGUUUGGACGCGUCGAGAACAAAUUCAAUUUAUGUCGUUUUCGAAUGGCUCAAGACGGCGUUCGGACAAUUUUACCGUUCAUGGAAAAGCGGGUCGUAGAAAUUGAUGUAGAAGACAUGUGUAACAUUUUGAAAACGGAUAACGGUAAUGAGAAUUUUCCAAGAGAAAAGCUAAAAUGCGAUCAGAAACUAAACGGUAUUUGCGCUGGAAGUAUCGUUCUUGUUACUGAAUUUAACAGCGUAAAACAAGUAAUUUGUGCAUGGCUAGGUGCGAAAAGUCUCGCACCAUACGUCAGUAAAGAGGAAAGAAUUCAUGCGUUACGCCUGCUUGGUUGCGAUACCUCUGAUUUUGAAAAAGUGAUGUGGACGAAAAGACAAUCGAAAGCACUUCGGAACAGAGAAGAAGCCGAGAAACGCAGAAACCUGGAACAAGCGGACAUUGCGACAACAGAAGAGACGAAUCUUGUUAGCACCAGUACUGCAGAACUCGAUGGAAAAAUGGUAGUGGAAGAGCAGAGCGCUGAAGACGAAGUGAGCAGUGGUGGGAAAUAG